AUGAACCGCCACUCGGCGCUCAUGUACAACUGUACAAGGCACUCGUCAAGUGCCACCGUGCACCACACACACACUCUACCCGACGCACUUGCUCAAUGGAGCGCCGAAGACUUGAAGCACGUCCAACAGCUAAUACUAGACGUGCGAGAUGACACACCCAAUUACAACGACCCCUACCUCGACCUGCUUCAAGAUGCCGCUCCCCAUCGCAAACACGCUCCAAAGGCCACGACAGGUAUCAUGCAACAGACGGUUAUAACGCAGCAUAGCCCCAGGACCAAGCGCCCGAGGACCACGUCCACGGGCAAUGGGGUAGUCGCCAAGGUCAGUGUGGCGGGUGCAGACGUGACAACCAUGGUCGGCGCCGGUGUUGCCCCUCAUGGGAUUCGAGGCGGGGUUGUGGCGAUGACAGAAAAGGCGAUGGAUGGCGGUGCUCAGAAGCGGCGGAAGUUGCUGAAUAAUGAGGUAGACCGUAUCAAAAGUCUAGAAGCCGAGAACGGGCAACUGGACUUCUCCGUGGCUGCGUUUGUGGAGCCUCAACGCGUCCUCAUUCGCGGGUGCUAUCAGGUUGCCGAACAAAAACUGGUCCAUUUUGCCAACAAUAAAAUCCAACGAGUGAGUCGCAGCACGCAGCCUGUGUGGGCCCUGGCGCUGCAAAAUAUCGAAGCCAUCACCCCACAAACAUAA